AUGGUCCGGAUGCUGGCGUUGGUAGUGGCCGUGCUCGGGCCAGUGCUCUGGGGCCGCGGCCUGGCGCUGCAGGGCGGCAUGCUGUACCCCAGGGAGAGUCCGUCGCGGGAGCGCAAGGAGCUCGGCGGCCUUUGGAGCUUCCGAGCGGACUUCUCGGACAACCGGCGCCGGGGCUUUGAGCAGCAGUGGUACCAGCGGCCGCUGCGGGAGUUGGGCCCCACCCUGGACAUGCCCGUCCCCUCCAGCUUCAAUGAUGUGACCCAGGACGGGAAGCUGCGUGGCUUCAUCGGCUGGGUAUGGUACGAACGGGAGGCAGUCCUGCCCCAGCGAUGGACCCAAGACCUGGGCACAAGAGUGGUUCUGAGGAUUGGCAGUGCCCACUACUAUGCCAUUGUGUGGGUGAACGGGGUCCACAUAGCAGAGCACGAGGGAGGCCACCUUCCCUUCGAAGUUGACAUCAGCAAGCUGGUGCAGGGUGGGCCCUUGGGGUCAUGCCGAAUCACCAUCGCUGUGAACAACACACUCACUCCCAAUACCUUACCCCCCGGCACCAUCCUCUACAAGACAGACUCUUCCAAGUACCCCAAUGGUUACUUUGUGCAGAAUACGAGGUUUGACUUCUUCAACUAUGCGGGGCUGCACCGGCCCGUGCUCCUCUAUACCACACCCACCACCUACAUCGAUGACAUCACCGUCAUCACCGGGACAGAACAAGAAUGCGGAGUGGUGAAUUACCAGAUUUCUGUCCAGGGCAGCCAACACUUCGAGCUGGAAACGCGCCUUCUAGAUGCGGAAGGCCAAGUUGUGGCCCAUGGCGAGGGGGCCCAGGGCCAGCUGCGGGUGCCCAACGCCCACCUCUGGUGGCCAUACCUGAUGCACAGCUAUCCUGCCUACCUGUACUCGCUGGAGGUGCGGCUGACCGCCCAGACUACGGCUGGGCCUGUGCCUGACUUCUACACCCUACCUGUGGGGAUUCGCACGGUGGCUGUCACAGAUCACCAGUUCCUCAUCAAUGGAAAGCCGUUCUAUUUCCAUGGGGUCAACAAGCACGAGGAUGCUGAUGUCCGAGGAAAGGGCUUUGACUGGCCGCUCCUGAUGAAGGACUUCAACCUUCUGCAUUGGCUCGGUGCCAACUCCUUCCGUACCAGCCACUACCCCUACGCGGAGGAGGUGAUGCAACUCUGUGACCGCUAUGGCAUUGUGAUCAUCGAUGAGAGCCCUGGUGUGGGCAUUAUGCUGCCUGAGAACUUCAGCAACAUGUCUCUGGCCCACCACCUGGAGGUGAUGGAGGAGCUGGUGCGUAGGGACAAGAACCACCCUGCCGUGGUGAUGUGGUCUGUGGCCAAUGAGCCAGCUUCCUCCCUGAAGCCCGCCAACUACUACUUUAAGACGCUGAUUGCCCACACCAAGGCCUUGGACCCCACCCGACCCGUGACCUAUGUGACCAACUCCAACUUUGAUGUCGACUUGGGGGCCCAGUAUGUGGAUGUGAUCUGCGUCAACAGUUACUACUCUUGGUACCAUGACUUUGGGCAUUUGGAAGUGAUUCCGAUGCAGCUAGCCACCCAGUUUGAGAACUGGCACAGAACCUUCCAGAAGCCCAUUAUCCAGAGCGAGUAUGGAGCAGAUAGCAUUGCUGGGUUCCACCAGGACCCACCCCUGAUGUUCAGUGAAGAAUACCAUCGAAGUCUGCUGGAGCAGUAUCAUUUGGUUUUUGAUCAGAAACGCCAAGAGUACGUGGUUGGCGAGCUGAUUUGGAACUUUGCUGACUUUAUGACCGAUCAGGCACCCUUGAGAGUGAUGGGAAACAAAAAGGGGAUUUUUACCCGCCAGAGACAGCCAAAAGCUGCAGCGUUUGUUUUGCGAGAGAGAUACUGGAAGAUCGCCAAUGAAAGUGGGCAUUCUCUUCCAUACUUCCGGUAA